UUAUUAAUAAAUGCAAAAUAAUUUGUUUAAUAAUAUUUAAAAUAACUAAUUUAUUUUAACGUGUGUAUAUAAUAAGACUCUAUGAUGUCCAUAUUACAAAGACUGUCAAAAUUACCUCAAAAUUUAUAUUGUUUUGCAAAUAUUCAAAGAUAUCCAAAACGAAAUGAAAGUUUUUUAUCUGCAUCUCGACAAUCUUCAUUAUUGAAAACAAUAUUCAAAGCAAGUUUAGUAGGAAUUUCUAUCGGAUUUCCAGUUGGUAUAAUUAUUACAACAGGUUAUUCUUGGUAUAUAAAUAAAAAAGCUGCAAAAACUUAUCAUUUAGAAGGGAAAGAAAAAAAAAUUAAAAUACUCCAAGAAAAACCAUCAGUACCAGUUUCUAGAGAAGUUGUUUCUCCAAUGGAUUCUACCGAAUUAAAAUUGACUUUAUUUCAAUAUCAGACUUGUCCUUUCUGUUGUAAGGUCAGAGUUUUCUUAGAUUAUUAUGGAAUAUCUUAUGAUAUUGUAGAAGUUGAUCCUGUAUUGCGAAAAGAAAUAUCUUGGUCAUCUUAUAAGAAAGUACCAAUACUUUUAGCACAAAUAGAUUCAGGAUAUCAGCCUUUAAAUGAUAGUUCAAUGAUUGUUUCUCUAUUAGCAUCAUAUUUAAAAGAUAGAUCACAAAAAAUAAAUGAUUUAGUAGAAUAUUAUCCAAGUAUAGCAAUGCAUGAUGAAAAUCAAAAAUUGAAAUAUGAAAUCAUGAAUAAAUAUUUUUUAAUGUAUAAAGAAAAUUUAAUUUCAGAUGAAAACAUUAAUGAGAUUAUAGAAGAACGUAAAUGGAGACAAUGGGUUGAUGAUGAAUUUGUACAUACAUUAUCACCAAAUGUAUAUAGAACACUUAGUGAAGCUUACAAAACUUUUAAUUGGUUUUCUGAAGUUGGUAAAUGGAAAGAAUAUUUUCCAAUAUGGGAAAGAUUAAUAAUAAUAAAUAUAGGUGCUAUAGCUAUGUGGUUUAUAUCAAAACGUUUAAAAAAAAGACAUAAUUUGAAAGAUGAUGUUAGACAAUCUUUAUAUGAUGAAAUUAACAAAUGGUUAUAUGCUAUUAAAAAACAUGGUGGUACAUUCAUGGGAGGAAAAAAGCCUAAUUUGUCAGAUCUUGCUGUUUAUGGAAUUUUGAAAAGUAUAGAAGGAUGUAGUGCUUUUAAAGAUGCUUUAGAAAAUACUAAACUUUGUACAUGGUAUGAUGCUAUGGCCAAAGAAGUAGAAACACACUCAGGAAGCAAAUAUUUAAUGGCUAAAUAAUUUAAAUACUUAUAGAUUUAUAUUAAUAUCUUAUUUACUUCAAUUUCAUUAAAAUUAUUUUGAUUGUAUUAUUUAUCAUAAUUGUUAUAAGAAAUUAAUAUAAAUAAAAUUAUAUUUUAUGUUAUU